AUGAGUAAUAAAAACAAUAAAAGUAAAAAAAGCAAUAAUAAAGGUGGAGAUGUUGAUGAUAUUUUAAACUUUAUUAAUAAUUCAUCAGCACCAGCUCCAACAUCAAUAUCAAUCAAUAAACAACCAAUAGAUAAUUCGAAAAAUGAAAAAUCAUUAUUUGAUGAAAAAAUCAAAAUUUUAAAUAGAUUAUUUGAAGAAAAUAACAUAACAGUAGCUAAACCAACAGCAACUACAACAAAGGGAAAAUUUACACCAAAACCAGUCCAAUCUAAAAAACCAGCACCUGUUUUACAUGAAUCAUCAGAUAUUACAUUUUUUAAUAAUGCCAAAAAUUAUCUUCAAAUAAUUAAAGAAAAAGAAUUACCAUUAGAAACUUUGUUAAAAUUAAAUAAAACAUCACUCAAAGAAAUUAAUAAACCAUCAACUAAAACAACUACAGCUAAUAAUAACAAUAGUGGUACCAAAGAUAAUAACUAUGGCUAUAUUGACCCAAAGAAAAUUAAAGUUAUAACAGAUGAAGAAGCUAUUCAAUUAUUCAAAUUAUUUAGCAAAACAAAGAAUGAAGUUGGAAGAAUAUUUAUAGCAUAUCAAUUCUUUAUUUUCAUCCAAAACAAAAGAGAUUUUGAUAAAAAUGAAUACAGCAGUUUUAUUAGUAAAGUCAUUUUAGAUGAAUCACCAUUAGUAAACUAUUUGGGCAAAAAGAUAAUGAAAAAGGAAGAGGGUGGCAAAACUAACGAGCUUUCAGAGUGCAAUAGUUUAGUUUUAAAUCAAGUUUACUCAAGUAUAGAUAAAUUACAAAUCAUUAAAUCCUUACCAGAAUCCUCACCAACAGUUCAGUUUUUCAAAGAGAAUAUAAAAACACUUUUAAAUUUAACUGUAAAUCCAAAAGACUCAAGUAAUGGUAUGAACCUAUUAGCCAGUGUCUUGUUUUAUCAAAAGAUAUUCGAAAAUAGUCCUCCAACAAGUUCAGCUCAAUUGUUUUUCUUAGAUUUUUAUUAUAGUCAAUUAAAGAUUGGUCUUACUUUAAGUACUUAUUAUUGCGAUGUAGUAGAUAAAAAGAUUGAGGAUUUGGCUAAAUUUAAUCAUCUCAAUGAAGACCAAGGUAACCCUGGCACAACAUCAGAAGCAUCAACAACAAAUAACACCGAAACCAUUAUUACUGCCCAACCAAAUUAA